AUGAAGCAACUCGCUCGACGCUAUGUUUACUGGCCAGGAAUUGACGGUGAAAUCGAAAGACUAGUUAAAGGAUGUAAAAGUUGUGCCCUAGUGAAAGCAAGUCCACCUAAAGUGUCAGUACAUCCGUGGAACCUACCUGAAAAUAACUGGGACCGCAUACAUAUAGAUUAUGCCGGCCCUUAUGGAAAUCGCUAUCUUCUUGUUUGUAUUGACGUAAGAUCCAAAUGGGCUGAAAUCGAAGUGUUGAAGGAAGCACCCACAUCUUCAAACACAAUCAAUCUGUUAAACAAGAUAUUUGCUACACAUGGGUAUCCGAAAGAAUGCGUUUCUGAUAAUGCUACAAUAUUUACAAGUGAAGAAUUCAGAGCUUACUGCAAGAUCAACGGCAUAUUCCAAAAGUUCAUUGCCCCUGGGCAUCCAGCGACAAAUGGCCGCAGAACGCAACGUACAAACCCUGAAGAACAAAUUAAAGUCAGCUUCUGA